UUUGCUGAUUUAUCAAUGGGGUUAACAGUGGGCGUGUCCAAGACCCAUUUCUUGGCGUAUGUAAACGAAACAGGACGCCAUCCAAUCACAGCCCGGUGUAUGCAAACGAGGCAGGUAGUGAUCCAAUCAGCGUGUUUAUGGGCGGAGUCUAUCCGAGGCUGUGAUCCUGCAGUCUGAGCUCAGCGCUGUGAGACUUCAGAAGACCGGCGGAGUGUCCGCGUUUCAGUCGGGACUUUAAUUCUCCAUAAACACACACACACACACACACACACACACACACACACACUCCAGCACCAAAAAGGAAAACAAAACAACCCAAGCACUGGAAUUUAUCUUUUCUAUCUUUUUUUUUCUGGAUGUGAAAAGAAGAGUAGCCUUUUGUUGUGUUUGCGAGGUUUCAGUGAUGUGAUUUGGGAGGAGGAGGAUGAUGAUGAUGAUGAUGAUGAUGGAUUAUAUUCCGGAUUUGUCCUGCAUCGUGAUGUGUGUGUCCUGGACAAGCUGAGAGACAGAAGAGACAGAGACUGAAGUGUAACAGUGUCCUUAAUGGAGCGCCUGGUUUACAUCUGGCUGCAGCUGGAGCUCUGGGCCAUGGCUGUGCUCUUAACCAGAGGAGAAAUCCGGUGUUAUUGUGACUCGCCCCACUGUGUGGCUACCGGUUACAUGUGCAAGUCGGAGCUUAACGCCUGCUUCACACGCGUCUUAGAUCCCCAAAGCUCCAAAUCUCCACUCUCGCACGGCUGUUACGAGCCCGGGCUCGUGGGAAACGGAGGGAGCGCGUGCCGAUCCGAGGCUACCCAGGACGCCCUGCGCCCUGCCGCGCUCGAGUGCUGUCACGAGGAUAUGUGCAAUUACAGAGGGCCACAGGAUCUCACCUACGGCCGGGGAGAAAGCACGGAUCAUCGGAGUCGUCCUCAGGCUGAAGGCGGCCGUCAGGUAAUCGCCCGCGUGCAGGAGAUGCCCUCGUCCAAGGAAGUGUGGUUCCGCGCCGCCGUCAUCGCCGUGCCCAUCGCCGGCGGCCUCGUCCUCGUCCUCCUCAUCACGCUGGCUCUGCGGAUGCUGCGCGGCGAGAACCAGCGCCUGAGACAGCAGCGACGCGAGAUGCUCUCUCGCCUCCACUACGGCUUCCACGGGCAGCAUCUCUCCAAAAGCCGCGGCACCAAACUCGACCUGGAGUGCAUGAUGCCUCUGGGAGGACACGAGAACUGCUGUCUGACCUGCGAUAAGAUCAGACAGUCUGAUCCGAGCAGCCAGAGACUCUUAUCGCUGGUGCACUGGGGACGGCACGGCCCGAGAGGCAAGCUGGAGUUGGUCUGAACGUCCUUUCGGAUAAAAAAAGACUUAUAAACUCGAACGCAUCAUCCAUCCGGUUGCUGCUGUGGAAGCACUUUACUUGAAUCUGACAUUUAAAAACGCGACGUCUCUAAUAACUGAAGGAUUUAAAACAAAACAAAACAAAACAAAAAAAACAAGACUUGUGUUAAAGAUUUGCACUUUUGUAUAAAGAAGAAGAAGAAGCGUAAAAAAACAAAAAAAAAACGACAACGCAAACCCGGACUGUUCACGCUUCCUAAGUGUACACAUUUGUUCGUGUAAAUAUCACAUGACCCAGAAUCAGUCCGUUGUGUCUCUUUUUUUUUCUUCUUCCAACCCCCCCCCCCCCCCCCUCACCCUCCCCACCCCCCCACGUGCUAACGAUACCAUGACAUUUCUACCGGCCCCACACCAAAAUUCCACCGGAUAUUUCCUAAGCGUAUUCCGAAUACAUCGCUACGUUCCUGUCUCACAUUUAACGGUCACUUAACGACCGGAACCGGAAACAAAAGAGAAGACCGAAACGCGAAGGUCCGAGAGGGAAAAAAAACGAUAUUCGUAACUCGUAACGUUUUAUACACGAUCGGUAGUUUUCACGUUAAAAAAAAACAAAAACGAAAAGAAGCGUUCGUGAUGUAGCACGUCGGCGCGGUUCGACGCUUUAAAAAAAAAAAAAAUGCUUAAACACAAAAAUGUUUUUUUUUUUUUUUAAAGAUAAUGAAUGGGAAAGAAACUUCCAGAAGCAGGUCUCUUGGCGUUCCCUGCUGUGCUCUGUAAUUAUCCCGCGCAAUUAUCCGUCACGAGAAGAUUUAACGAGGAACGAUGAACAGCGGAUUUGCGGUAUAACGGACGGUAAACGCUAAGGAGGAGCAUUGGAAGUCGGCCAUUUUGUCUUUCCUUAGAAGUACUUUGUAAACGUGAACGUCUUUACUUCAUAAAGCUGUGUAAAUGUUAUUACGUGUAAAGUGAGAGAGAGAGUGAGAGAGAGAGAGAGAGACGGGCGCGGUGUAACAGCUUCGUUAAAGCGUGAAUCAUUUGUUCGCUGUAGUUCACGUGGGAACGUGAAAUAAAUGCCAGGAGCGAUCUCAUAAAUUUCACGUCUUUAUUGCUGGAACCCGAAACGUUCGGCGUGAGGACGUUCUCCUCAGAGAGUUCCACCGCGGUGCUGUCGAGUCCUUGAUUCCGAUCCGUCAGAGACGUGUUGAUUCAUUUUUCCAGAACAAAAGCCGCAAACACACACGUCGUAUUACGCCGUCGUUUCUAUAGCAACACCGGGUCGCAUUUACGUGAUGCCGAGAGCCGUCUUUUCACACCGAGGACGACCGAGAGACCCGUACACGACCGUUACAAAAGGUGCAAACGUUCACCGAUGCUCUAUACAUUAAGAGACGUGAGGGGGGGUGUAAACUUUUGAACAGGAUGAUCCGUGUGUAAAUUGUUAUUAUUUUGUUUAACGAUGCUGUUCUUUUCAUUUAGUACCGCCCUUCGGAAGCUACAUUUCCCAGAAGACGAAACUGUAAUCAUUUACACACGAUCGUCCUGCUCAGAAGUUUACACCCCCCUGCGCUCUUAAUGUAUCGUGCCGCCUUCUCGAGCAUAGAGCCCCUUUCCAGCAUAUGAUGCUGGGAUCCGUCUUUUCACACCGAGGACGACCGAGAGACUCGUACACGACUAUUACAAAAGGCGCGAACGUUCACCGACGCUCACGAAGGCGACGCGAUACGUUAAGAGCACGGGGGGGGUGUAAACUUUUGAACAGGAUGAUCGUGUGUAAAUGAUGAUAAACCAUUUCUUCUGGCUUCCGAAGGGCGGUACUAAAUGAAAAAGUACGAUCGUUAAACAAAAUAAUAACAAUUUACACACAGAUCAUCCUGCUCAAAAGUUUACACCCCCCCCCCCCUCACGUCUCUUAAUGUAUAGAGCAUCGGUGAACGUUUGCACCUUUUGUAACGGUCGUGUACGGGUCUCUCGGUCGUCCUCGGUGUGAAAAGACGGCUCUCGGCAUCACGUAAAUGCGACCCGGUGUUGCUAUAGAAACGACGGCGUAAUACGACGUGUGUAUUUGCGGCUUUUGUUCUGGAAAAAUCAAUCAUCUUAGGACAUCUUAUUAUCGUUAUUAUUUUAUUACUUUCAUACAUUUUAGCUCCUGAGUGUGCUACAGUGGGGUUUUUAAAAAAAAAAAAAAAGUCAAUUUGCUGAAAGACUUUGAUGAAACCUGGACUAAGAUAAAGAGGAUUAAAAUGAUCAAGCCCGGACGUCUUAACGUCGCAGAUUAGGGUUUGAACAUCCGUAAAACUUAGUCUGAAAUCCUCUCCUGAUGUGGGUGGUGCCAACGGACGCAACCACAACAUGAAGGAAUUUUGUCCCCGGGAUUCUGAGUAGCUUAAUCGAGCCCAGAGAGUGGGUGUGUUUGCAUGUCAACACUCACACACGCACACACACACACAGCAUUGGAGUCAUUAGUGGGAGUGUGUGGGCUACCACUGCGAAGUGUGGAAGCUCUUACGUUAAUGUCUCGUUUUAUCAAAGCGCUCUCAGCCAGGCCACACUCACUCUGCCAGCACUCUUUUACUCUUUCUCGCUCCAUUCAUCUGUCACUCCUCUGUGCUAUUAGCUAGAAGUCUUUCCCACCGUCUCUCUCUCGUUAUCUCUCUCACACACCUGUCUGUCUUUCCCAGCCACAGCUGCGCGUCUCUCCAGGUGACAGGUGCUGUAACCGAGCCUGAGAGCAAACCCCAUCCGCUAAUCUGUUAACGGCCCGGCUCGGGCCCGCCGCGCCGUUACUAUCCACAUGCUAAUCUCUUAAUUUUGCUCAUUAGACUUUAUUUACAUUCCUCGUCCAACUGCCCGGGUUUAGUCACGCCGCCGUUAGUGCGUGUCCAAUCCCGCAGCAGAUGAUGAAGUGCUUCAGCUGGAGGUUCUCGAGGCUUUAACAAAAGGACAGGACUUCACGCUUGGCGGUUUUUGUGCAAUAGGACAGGCAGCAUUUUUCAGUGUAAUUAACUGAGAGAGAGCGAGAGAGGCAGAGAGAGAGAGAGAGAGAGAGAGAGAGAGAGAGAGAGACAAAGACAGGGAGGCAGAGAGAGAGAGGAAGAGAGCGAGAAAAAGAAAGAGAGAGAGGCAGAGAGAGAAAGAGAGAGGCAGAGAGAGAGUGAGAGGAGAGAAAGGAAUAAAGAAUGAGAGAGAGAGAGAAAGAGAGACAGAGAGAGAGGCAGAGAGAGAGGGGGGAGAAAGGAAUAAAGAGUGAGAGAGAAUGAGAGAGAGAAAGAGAGAGAGGCAGAGAGUGAGAGGCGAGAAAGGAAUAAAGAAUGAGAGAGAGAGAAAGAGACAGAGAGAGAGGCAGAGAGAGAGAGGGCAGAAAGGAAUAAAGAAUGAGAGAGAAUGAGAGAGAGAGAGAGAGAGAGAGAGGGGCAGAGAGAGAGAGGGCAGAAAGGAAUAAAGAAUGAGAGAGAAUGGGAGAGAGAGAGAGAGAGAGAGAGAGAGGGGCAGAGAGAGAGGGCAGAAAGGAAUAAAGAAUGAGAGAGAAUGAGAGAGAGAGAGAGAGAGGGGCAGAGAGAGAGAGGGCAGAAAGGAAUAAAGAAUGAGAGAGAAUGAGAGAGAGAAAGAGAGAGAGAGGGGCAGAGAGAGAGAGGGCAGAAAGGAAUAAAGAAUGAGAGAGAAUGAGAGAGAGAUAAUGAGAGAGAGAGAAAGAGACAGAGAGACCGAAACAGAAAGAGAGAGUGAGAGAAAGAAAAGAAAAGCUGGUAAGGGAAACUACUGUUUAAACAUUAAAUGUAACUAUAAACGGAUACAAAGUAUGAGAACUUGUACUCGAUGGUCAAAUUGCUGUGGGAUAAAAGUUGAGUUCAAGGUGCGGCGUGAUAUUAAAAUAAUCCACUCCGGGGUGGGAACAUUCAUUUCCGAUUACAGCAGGACCCCGAGGGUGUUGUUCAUUACAGAAUUUUGCACGAAAGACUAAUACAGGAUUUCUCUCUCUCUCUCUCUCUCUCUCUCUCUCUCUCUCUCUCUCUCUCUCUCUCUGCCAGUAUAUUUGAUAGACGAGUACUGCUUGUCAAUCAAAUAAGCUCCACCCCCUAGUUUACAACGUUCGACAGUGUUCAUCAUUUUAACCCAAAACCUUAUUUUGUGUAUGUGUGAGUGUGUGUGUGUGUGUGUGUGUGUGUGUGUGUGUGUGGUGGAGGGGCAGGAAGAAAACAAUGAUGUGUCAUUCAUUAAUACAUAAAAAAUGUCUGUGGUAUCAGAAGAAUAAAACCCUUUGAGACGGUAACAGUACGUCUGCUCCAUCACACCGCCCUGUCUUUGAUUCACUUCCUAUGACAAGACAACCCCGAGUGUGUCAUUCGUUCCAUAACUCCGACCUCCUUCAAACCGUCUUUACUGUAGUCCGAAAGACAAAUACGAGGUGUUUUUUCUUCCUCUCUUUCCGCGAGCGCGUUCGAUAGACGACAGCGACGACGCGAUUUGACCGCUUGUCAAUCGAAUAAACCCCGCCCCCCCCCCACUUAGUUGAGAGUGUGUUUGACGUAAGUCAAGCUCAAAGCGUUUUUGGGAAACACGUUGGCAACAAACAAAACAACACAAAAAAAGCUUUCUUUUUUGUGUAGAAUUAAAUCUAAUCGAAGUAUUAUAAAUAAAUCAAAUAACAUGAAUAUAUAAAUAUUGGCACCCUGUCCAGGGUGUACCCCGCCUUGUACCCGAUGCUCCCUGGGACAGGCUCCAGGUUUCCCCGUGACCCUGAAGAAGGAUAAGCGGUGUAGAAGACGGAUGGAUGGAUGGAAAUAAAUAAAUAAAUGAGGUAGUAUAAAGUUUCACAUCAUGCUUUUGUGACGUUUAAAAAAAUAAUAAGAAUUUCACCGGUGUUCUUCUUUAACACGGCUUAUCUCCGAGCCCCUGAUUGGCUCCUGGCUUCCUCGUCCUUACGGCGUGUCCUCUGGUCAUACUCGAGUCGCCAAACCGAACGGAAGAAUGACGCAGAAUCGAAACGCAUACGUUUAAAGUUUCUGCCCUGUGUGGAGGGAAAACCUGUCUCCGUUGCCGCGAAUACAAGAGCGGGCGUUUGCUUCUGACGGUAAUAACAGGGACCUCCUUCUGGAACGUUCUAUAUAUUUAAGUCUGUAUUGGUUUUACGGCUUUAACGUUUACUUAGCCGGAGUCCUCGUUACCUUUAAAUUCUCCGGAACCGUCGCGACUCCACCCUUUGUUUUCUAAGAUUCUCCUGACUGUACAGGCAAUCGUUUCAAACGGCAGUGGAUGUACAUCGUGCCGCCUUCAGAGACAAAGAUCGGAGCGGUUCGAUACUCUAAACCGCCUAUAUAGCAUUAAAAAGAGGCUCCCGUUAGGGUCUGUUCAGCGUGUACUGUAGGUCAUGACGGAAAGAUCACGUUUCCAUGACAUGAGAACUCGGCAGGAGAAGUUCUCAAAGUGUUUCGCAGAAAUCAUAAACACGUACAGGAAAGUCUAGUACUCCGGCACGCUGUGGCGAAACAGUCUGCCUGCUCCGACUUGCCAGAUAAUAUCAAAGUGCUCUAAAUGAGAGACUUCAAACCUGGAACAGCUCCAUUCCCACUGAAAACAAAGGCUAAAGGUGUUAGGAGAAGGAAGGAGGAGAGAGAGAGAGAGAGAGAGAGAGAGAGAAAAGCUUUUUAACUCAAUUACUAAAAUCUUGACAGGCUGUCUCGGAGAUCCGCUUCAACACUUUACAACACACACACACACACACACAUACACACUACACGCCAUUAUCUCCAUUCCUCCAGGUCAUGUGAGAAACCAUGGCUUUUAGGGGGCAGAUUUGGGGGCUCUUAGCGACGGUCUGUUCUCAAAUCCCCGGCCUGUUCCAGACUUGAUCAACAGAGCGAGCGUGCACUUUGAACUUGGAGUGCGAGGAAUGCAGUUAAUGCAGGAGCUCACGGGGCGUAGAGCAGCCGAGAGGUCGAGGGACAUCCUUCUUUAGGCCCGGCAGCUGAGCUACUGACGCGCCGCAGAGUCGGAUAAAAAGAGAUAUCAUAAAGAUCCCAUAAAGAUCUUGAGCCACAAUAAUAACUGAAUUUAUACAAAUGAACCCGUUCAAACGUUUACACGCGCUCGAUUCUUAAUCCCGCGUGUCGUUCCCUGGACGAUCGACGACGUGAUGUGUUUAUGUUCUGUGAGAGCCCUUCACGAGUCCCUUGUUUAUCCUGAGCGGUUAAACCGCCCGCUGUUCUUCAGAAAAAUCCUCCAGGUCCUGCACAUUCUUCGCUUUUUCCAGCAUCUUUCCGGCAGCGGCUAUAUGAUGUUCAAAUCCAUCUUUUCACACUGAGGACGACCGAGGGAUUCGUACACGGUUAUUACAAAAAGGCGCAAACGUUCACCGAUGCUCAAGAAGGCGACACGAUACGUUAAGAGCGCGGGGGGGUGUAAACUUUUGAGCGGGAUCGUGGGUAAAUGAUUAUAAUUUUGUCUUCUGGGAAAUGUAGCUUCUGAAGGGCGGUACUAAAUGGGAAAAUAAAGAAGAUCGUUAAACAAAAUAAUAACAAUUUACACACGAUCGUCAUGUUCAAAAGUUUACACCCCCCCCACCCGGCACUUAAUGUAUCGCGUAUCAGUGAAUGUUCGCACCUUUUGUAAUAAUCGUGUAUGAGACUAUAUAUAUAUAUAUAUAUAUAUAUAUAUAUAUAUACACACACAUAAGCGACUUCCUCUUCAUAUGGCCAGAUGCUACUUCUAACACACGACAGGAAGUACCUGGUCAGAGCACAAAGCCAGCCGAUUUUCCCACCCUAAAGUGCUUAGGGUUUUCGGGUCUUUCUUAGGAACAGGGCUGUAGCAUUGCUAAGGAUUACAUUGCAUUGCUAAUCCUUCAGAUACAGGAUUAUUAUUCUGGACAGAGUUGUGAGAUAUUUAUGAAAACCUCCGUUAUAUUAAAUUCAUCCGUGUCAUGAUAUUGUAUUUAUCAUCAAACAUAAGCUCAUGUAAGCGUAAGGGAACCACGCUGUAUAUCGGGGGCGGGGGUAAGCUAGAACAUUUCCAAUAUGUCUGCAGACCCCUGUCUGGUACGACACACACGCACACACACACACACGGCUCUCUCACAUGAACCGCGCUGACAGACAGGAAACACUUAGUCGUCUGCUGUUGGUCUCAAACCGAGGACACAUGAUACCUAUUCAAAGGAGCACUUUUAGCAAAGAGCAGUGCUCACAUUCCCCCCCGUGCAAUUUCAAAGACAUGAUAAAUGUACGUAGCAUGUUAAAUAUUAUGCGCGCACAUGCCCUGUUAUUCGUUCGGCUCCAGCGAGACCCUUUUAAAUGCUCCUGUAAAUCAGAUUCCAAGUGGAAGGAAUACCUCAUCCCAGCGCUAAUGUUGCUUAAAGGUUCGAUUAGCGUUCGCAUAAGGCUAAACGUUCCUCGGGCCUGCUAGCGUCCAGUCCUUAUUAGCAAGUUGAACUGUUACUCUGAGAGAAACCCCCAAGCCUCGAUUGUUGCGGUAAAACUAGCUUAGUUUUGAAUGAUUCCCAGCUUAGCUUUCUCUGUGUACAUUUACUAAUCUAAUCUAAUCUAAUAGGAUUAAUGAAAACUGGCAGACGUCGAACAAGAAACCGUGAAAAGCGUUGCGCGGAAAAAUAUUAGCCCGGGCUAAAAACCAGGCUUAAAAUAUUGAACCGAUGUUUCUGAGUAAACAACACGGCGCUAGCAUGGCACGCACGCACGUUAGCGUAACAGCCGAAAGAUGUCUUUGACAUCAAAGAGUAAAAAGACUCUCACGAUAUUUGAUUUAAGGUUCGAUUGAAGUUAACUUGUGACUAUUCCAGUGACUGAGUUUGGCUAAACAAAUGGUGCUAGCUUAGCAUGAUUGUGUCUCUGGAGAAAGCCGGUUUAUUUUCCGCCCUUUAUUUAAGAAAACGAUUUCCAUAAACGUUAUUUUCAGUAUGAUGAUUAAAGUGUUCUACCUUGCAUUUAAAAAUAAUAAACAUUUAUGCUAGCUUGGCCUCA